CUAGAAGCAUCUUUCAGUCACCAACGAUCGGAUACUAUCGUCGAAAAGAAACUUACAACACCGAUUUAAUUCGAGCCGAAAGCAUCCGAAGGGAAAUCUUACAAUAAAAACAAAAAUGUCGCAAAAUAGGCCCAAGACUGCCAAAACUGGCAGAGUGACAGAAAACAAAUGGGAGGAACAGACACAGGAGUCUCUGGGAAGUGGAGACGUUUUGACGGAGGACAACACCAAUGCGUCUCCCAAUGCGUCAAUUAUCGUUGAACAAGCUGAUUCAGCUGGCGGAUGUGCAAUACACGAUGAGAUAAGACCAGCAAAGGACGUGACUAUUUUUAAUGCCUACAAUAUGGGGCCUGCUUUUGGCAACAAGUUUCCUUGUCCAUACAUACGCUACAUACUGCAACGAGUGCUUACGGAGAGACUGACUAAUAAAACCUAUGCUGCUGCAGAUGCUGUCAAGUGGACCCGCGAAAUAGCCGACGAUAUCAAUAUGAAGAUGAAGAGACAGGGCCAGUACACACGUUACAAGCACGUGGUCAACGUAAUGCUCUAUCAGCAGAAUGGUGGUGGCUGUUUCUAUGGGGCUCGUGCUCUAUGGGAUCUACUCUCAGAUGAUUAUGUUACCCAAGUCUUUGACGGUGGUAACUUUGUUUGUAUUGCGAGCGUGUUUGGUUGUUAUACAUAUUAAUUUAGGCACAGAUGCAAUAAACAUUAAGAAGUAACGUA